AUGCUCAGACUCGAAUCACUUCCAGAUCCUACAGAUACCUGGGAAAUUGUAGAGACCAUAGGCAAAGGCACCUAUGGCAAGGUCUACAAGGUUACUAACAAGAAAGAUGGGAGUUUGGCGGCAGUGAAAAUUCUGGAUCCGAUCAGUGAUAUGGAUGAUGAGAUUGAGGCGGAAUACAACAUUUUGCAAUUUCUUCCUAAUCAUCCCAAUGUCGUGAAGUUUUAUGGAAUGUUUUACAAAGCAGAUCACUGUGUGGGAGGUCAGCUGUGGCUCGUCCUAGAGCUCUGUAAUGGGGGCUCCGUCACCGAGCUUGUCAAGGGGCUCCUGCGGUGUGGCCGGCGAUUGGAUGAAGCCAUGAUCUCAUACAUCUUGUAUGGGGCCCUCUUGGGCCUGCAACAUUUGCACAGCAACCGAAUCAUCCACCGUGAUGUCAAAGGGAACAACAUUCUUCUGACAACAGAAGGAGGAGUUAAGCUCGUUGACUUUGGUGUCUCUGCUCAGCUCACCAGCACCCGUCUUCGGAGAAACACUUCUGUGGGCACCCCCUUCUGGAUGGCCCCUGAGGUCAUUGCUUGCGAGCAGCAGUAUGACUCUACCUAUGACGCUCGCUGUGACGUCUGGUCCUUGGGGAUCACAGCUAUUGAGCUGGGGGAUGGAGACCCUCCCCUCUUUGACAUGCAUCCCGUGAAAACGCUCUUUAAGAUUCCAAGAAAUCCUCCACCUACUUUACUUCAUCCGGAAAAAUGGUGUGAGGAGUUCAACCACUUUAUUUCACAGUGUCUGAUUAAGGAUUUUGAGAAGCGGCCUUCGGUCACCCAUCUCCUCGACCACCCAUUUAUUAAAGGAACCCAUGGAAAGGCUUUGUUUCUGCAAAAACAGCUGGCCAAGGUCCUCCAUGAUCAAAAGCAUCUAAUUCCUGUCGUUAAAACCAGGCAUGCAAGAAUGCACACCAGAAGGCCCUAUCAUGUGAAAGAUGCUGAAAAAUUCUGCCUUGAGGAUGACUUGGUCAAUCUAGAAGUUCUGGACGAGGAUACCAUUAUUCAUCAAUUGCAGAAGCGUUACAUGGACUUACUGAUUUAUACCUAUGUGGGAGAUAUCCUAAUUGCCUUAAAUCCAUUCCAGAAUCUAAGCAUAUAUUCCCCACAGUUUUCCAGACUUUAUCAUGGGAGGAAACGUGCCUCAAACCCCCCUCAUAUAUUUGCCUCAGCAGAUGCAGCUUACCAAUGCAUGGUCACUUUUCACAAAGACCAGUGCAUUGUCAUCAGUGGAGAAAGUGGCUCUGGGAAGACUGAAAGUGCCCACCUGAUUGUUCAGCAUUUGACUUUCUUGGGAAAGGCCAAUAAUCAGACCUUGAGAGAGAAAAUUCUGCAGGUCAACUCGCUGGUGGAAGCAUUUGGAAAUGCUUGCACAGCCAUCAAUGACAAUUCCAGCCGGUUUGGAAAAUAUCUAGAAAUGAUGUUCACACCAACGGGUGCUGUAAUGGGAGCAAGAAUCUCUGAAUAUCUCCUUGAGAAGUCCAGGGUUAUAAAGCAGGCAAUUGGAGAGAAAAAUUUUCAUGUAUUUUACUAUAUUUAUGCUGGUCUUUAUCACCAAAAGAAACUUUCCGAGUACAGACUUCCUGAGGAAAAGCCUCCUAGGUACAUCGCUGAUGAAACGGGAAAGGUGAUGCAUGACAUAAUCUCCAAGGAGUCUUUCAGAAGACAAUUCGAAGCAAUUCAACAUUGCUUUAGGAUUAUAGGUUUCACAGACAAGGAGGUACACUCAGUAUACAGAAUUUUGGCUGGGAUUUUGAAUACAGGAAACAUUGAAUUUGCAGCUAUUUCCUCUCAACAUCAAACUGAUAAAAGUGAAGUGCCCAGUGCUGAAGCUUUGGAAAAUGCUGCCUACGUUCUCUGCAUCAGCCCGGAAGAGCUCCAGGAAGCCCUUACCUCCCACUGUGUGGUCACUCGAGGAGAAACCAUCAUCCGUGCCAACACUGUUGAUAGGGCUGCAGAUGUUCGAGAUGCCAUGUCCAAAGCUCUGUAUGGAAGGCUCUUCAGUUGGAUUGUGAAUCGCAUCAAUACACUCCUGCAGCCAGACAAAAACAUAUGUAGUGCAGACGAUGGGAUGAAUGUGGGGAUCUUGGAUAUUUUUGGAUUUGAGAACUUCCGAAGAAAUUCUUUUGAGCAGCUCUGUAUAAACAUCGCCAAUGAGCAAAUCCAAUACUAUUUCAAUCAGCAUGUGUUUGCUCUUGAGCAGAUGGAAUAUCAGAAUGAGGGUAUUGAUGCUACACCCAUUGAAUAUGAGGACAAUCGUCCUCUCCUGGACAUGUUCCUCCAGAAACCCCUGGGACUACUGGCCCUUUUGGACGAGGAAAGUCGUUUUCCCCAAGCAAGUGAUCAGACCCUUGUUGAUAAAUUUGAAAAUAACCUACGAUGCAAAUACUUCUGGAGACCUAAAGGAGUGGAGCUGUGCUUUGGCAUUCAGCACUAUGCGGGAAAGGUAUUAUAUGAUGCCUCUGGGGUACUUGAGAAAAACAGAGAUACUCUACCUGCUGAUGUAAUUGUGGUCCUGAGAACAUCAGAAAACAAGCUUCUCCAGCAACUCUUCUCAAUCCCAUUGACCAAAACAGGAAACUUGGCCCAGACAAGAGCCAGGAUAACAGUAGCCUCAAGAUCUUUGCCUCCUCACUUCAAUGCAGGGAGAGCUAAGAAAUCACCGCAUAGUCCCCCAAACUGAGCCCUAACACCGCAGGUGGACACACUGGAGGUGAUCCGGCACCCGGAAGAGACCACCAAUAUGAAGAGGCAGACCAUGGCUUCUUACUUCCGGUAUUCGCUCAUGGACCUGCUCUCCAAAAUGGUGGUGGGACAGCCCCACUUCGUGCGCUGCAUCAAACCCAAUGAUGAUCGAGAGGCCCUGAAGUUCUCCCGGGAGAGAGUGCUAGCCCAGCUCCGCUCCACAGGGAUCCUGGAGACAGUCAGCAUCCGCCAGCAGGGCUAUUCCCAUCGCAUCCUCUUCGAAGAGUUUGUGAAAAGAUAUUAUUACCUGGCAUUCAGAGCACAUCAAACUCCUCUUCCGACCAAAGAGAGCUGUGUGGCCAUCCUGGAAAAGUCAGGAUUAGAUCACUGGAUGCUGGGAGAAACAAAGGUUUUUCUCAAAUAUUACCACGUGGAGCAAUUAAAUUUGCUGCUGCGAGAAGUCAUAGGCAGGGUGGUUGUGCUCCAGGCCUAUGCCAAGGGGUGGCUUGGAGCUCGGAGAUACAAGAGGGUGCGAGAGAAGAGAGAGAAGGGAGCGCUGGUCAUCCAGGCAGCCUGGAGAGGAUAUGAUGCUCGGAGGAAAUUUAUGAAAAUAAGCAACAGAAGGAGUGAGUCUGCAGUUCAUAUUCAAGCAGUGUUACAGACCACUCUGGAUGAAACAUAUUGUUCAGGCAGGGGAGGGGAAGAGAGGAGAGGGAACACCGAGACAAGUAGAGGCUGUCCACAGGGAGCUGAUACUUCAGGUUCCGAACAGAGCCUUGCACAGAAGCAGCGAACAUCCCGCCGAAGAUGUCAGCAGCCCAAAAUGUUGAGUAGCCCCGAGGACACCAUGUACUAUAACCAGCUAAAUGGAGCUCUAGAAUAUCAAGGGAGCAAGAGGAAGCCAAGAAAACUUGGCCAAAUUAAAGUGCUUGAUGGCGAAGAUGAGUAUUACAAAUCUUUGUCACCUGUGGACCCAGAGGAAGACAGCUCUGCCCACCCAUUCUUUUUUCCCUCAUCCUCAAAAGGAGCACCUUUUGCUCAGCUCUGAGUAGAUUCAUUCUGAUAUUAUCUCUAUGAGGGCUCCUGACAUGAAGAAAACCAACAAGCUGAAAGAUAAUGAGAAGACAAAUAGAGAA